AUGACAGCCAACACCUUCGCCAUUCUCUCCGCUGUCGUUGCUGUCAGUGCAGUUCCAGCCCAGUCCUUUGGAGCCGAGAUGCUCCAGGUUCGAGCUGUCCCCACUUCCGUGGAUGGUAUCUGCGGUGCUUUCAACGGAUCGGCUUCUUGCCUUGGCACUGGCUACGGCAACUGUUGCUCCCAGUUCGGCUAUUGUGGAAAGUCUGAUCUUCACUGUGGUACAGGCUGCCAGACUGGUUUCGGCUCUUGUGGUAACACGAUCGACAACUCCGGUGCCCCUAUCGCCCAGAGCACAUGUAACAAGGCCUGUGCUGGUGACCCUGCUACCAACUGUGGUGGUCCCAACGCCCUCAGCCUCUUUUACCUCCUGUAA